GAGAGAGAGAGAGAGAGAGAGAGAGAUGACAAUUCCGCUUUAUUAUAAUGAUAAUAAUAAUAAUAAUGCAUUAGUGACUUGUUGUUGUUAAUAAUAAAUUAAACUCUUCGGCUGUGUAUAUAGAGAGAAGUUAUUCAUUAAUAUAGUCCCGUGGUCGCUUUCAGCCUGCAGCCCGGCGCUCUUCAGAGUCAUGGCGUCUAUGGACUAUGAAGAAGUAACGGCGUUUCUUGGAGAAUGGGGUCCGUUUCAGCUCGGCAUCUUCCUGCUGCUCAGCCUCAGCAUCGUGCCCAACGGAUACGCCGGCAUGGCCAUGGUCUUCCUCGGCGAUACGCCGGACUUCCGUUGCCUGUCGCCGCACCUGAACGCGAGCCGUGCGGAAGCGGAGGGCGGCGCGCGCGCCUCCACAACCACCAACGUCACUGGCACCUUGGACGGCUGCGUUGAGCGCGUGAACGGUAGCAGCGGGCCGUGCGCGAGCGGCUGGGAGUACAGCGCCGAGCGCUACCACAACACUAUAGUCACCGAGUGGAACCUGGUUUGCGGAGAUGCCUGGAAGGUUCCCUUCACAUUGUCCAUCUUCUUUGUGGGAGUGCUGAGUGGGUCGUUCAUAUCCGGAGAACUGUCUGACAGGUUUGGACGUAAGACGGUCCUGUUUGCCACCAUGGCCACUCAGCUGAUCUGCAGUCUGCUUCAGUGCGUCUCAGUCAACUGGGAGAUGUUCAUCGUUUUCUUCUGCCUCACUGGCUUCGGACAGAACUCCAACUACAUGGCGGCCUUUGUGUUAGGCUCGGAGCUGCUGGGGAAGAAUUUGCGCCUGGCCUUUUCUGUGAUGGGUGUAUGUGUGUUCUAUGCAGUGGGUUAUGCUCUACUUCCCUUAUUUGCCUAUUUUUUGAGGAGUUGGAGGAUCCUGCUCAUGACCCUGUCUCUGCCCGCACUGCUCUACAUUCCCCUCUGGUGGUUUAUUCCAGAGUCCCCACGCUGGCUGCUGUCUAAAGGCCGUGUCCAGGAAGCAGAGGACAUCAUUAGAGCCGCUGCGAGGAAAAAUGGUAUCACUCCACCUGAGGUUAUAUUCAAGGAUUCAGAAUUGAUUAAGUCUGAGUCUGCAAAUUCUAUCUCGUACACAUACUUAGACCUCAUCAGAACUCAGAAAAUAAGGAGCAUCACACUUUUGAACAGUGUUGUAUGGUUCACCAUCACCAUCAGCUACUUUGGCUUGUGUCUGAGCACUCCUAACAUGAACGGAGACCCGUAUCUGAACUGCCUGUUCUCGGCUCUAACCGAGGUGGCGGCAUACAUCAUGACGUGGCUCUUGAUUAAGGUGGUGCCGAGGCGAGCGCUCAUUACAGGCCCGCUGCUGAGCGGUGGCCUCGUCUUGCUGCUUAUUCCGGCCGUCCCUCCAGAUUAUGGCAGUGCGACAGUAGCGUUGGCUAUGCUGGGGAAGCUGGGGGUCACAGCGGCUUUUGCCGUACUCUACAUCUCGACGGCGGAGCAGUUCCCCACAGUGGUGCGUGGGAUGGGAAUGGGAAUCUGCAGCAUGUGCUCAAAGAUCGGCAGCACCAUUUCUCCAUUUUUCCCCUACUUCGGUCAUUAUGAUCAAGUUCUGCCCUACAUUCUGAUGGGAGUACUGACAGUAAUUGCCGGACUCCUGAGCAUUCUGAUGCCAGAGACGCGAGGCGUUCCCCUCCCCGAGGCCCUCUCACAAGUACAGAGUCUAAACUGGUGCUGUGGCUCGUGUAGGAAUCGUCAGAAAGCAGAGAAAACACAUGAAUGUCUGGCAACAAAGAUGUGAUCUGGAGUGUCCCUGUGUCGUGACGUGCACUUUCUGAUACUUGACCGUUAUGCAAAUCCCAUUUUAUGUAGUAUUUAGUAGGUUUACACUACCAUCCAUCAUCCUGUGAUGACCACAAUGUUUUUCAAUUUCUCUGCAUUUUUGUUAUGUCAGAUUGCACAGUGAUCCGUCAGCUGUUUUAGUUCACAGAUUUGCACAUUUUGAAAUAUAUUCGGAUAUAAUUAUGCAAAUGUUUUUAUAAAAAGAAGAUCAGAACACUUUUUAUAUGUGUAUAUAUUUUUUAUUGUGCUGGUGAUAUAAAAAAAAAAGAGAAAUGAUUACAUAAAUAGACUUGUUAAUAAAAGGAAGUUGUUGGUCCCAAAUUAAUGUGACAUGGUCCUGUUUAUACAUAUACAACCUCCAAUUAUAAUCAGCCUGAGGUCUAUAACUAUUUGGCAUUUGCAUUCACAUUUAUGGCAUUGGGCAGAAUAAAUUUAAAAUGAUCUAAUUUAAACAAAUGAGUAGUUAAGGGCCUUGUUGAAAAGCCCAGCAGCUUUGUUGUGCUGAGGAUUUGAAGUCACAACCUUCUGAUUAGAGGCCCAAAGUGUCUUAACCACUGAUUUUUAUUUAAAGAGAUCCUUUCUUCCUUCCUUUCACCCUUCCAUCCAUUCAUCCACCCAUUAAUACAUCAAUUCAUCUAUCAAAACAAACGAAAUCCUUAAUAUUAUUUUUUUCUUACGGUAGUAUAUUUUAUCAUUAAACUUUGCAUUUAUAUCAACAUUUAAGGCAUUUGGCAUAGCAGGCUACAAAGUGCUUUGAAAUCCCGAUCAAUAAAUAUAUUGUAUAUACUCUGAGGAGCGAUGCAAAUUGUGAGUCUGCAUCGCUGGUGAGUAGGUUGUAUUUUAUUUACAUUUUUUAUGUUUUUGUCAUGUUAUUAGACAAAUAUUGAUUCUGAACUGCUCCAGAUGAUGUAGGUGCACAGUUGUGGUUGUAGUGUAGAGGUUUUGAGU